AUGCGAGGUGGGCAGGGUGGAAUUAAGAAGGGCGUUACUUCGAUUAAGCAGUGGUCAGUGAUGAUUGGUUCGGUGCUUCUCUCUGGCUUAAAUCCGUCAUUGGGAGGUUAUGUCUGGCACUUACCUCUGUCUCUGUCAACAGUUGUGGCGAAGGGGUGUUUUUGUAGUAGUCGGUGGAAUUUACUAAGAGCAAAGGGUGCAUGUGGAUGGGGAAAAAUAUAA